AUGAGGAUACCACCCCUUUUAAUUAUUUUAUUUUUUGUUUUUUACAAAAAAUUGAAUGUUACUUGUAUAAUUGAAAAGCAAGAUAUCUACUUGGAUGAUGAUUUUAGAAGUUUCACUUAUUUUUUUGCAUCCUCUCCAUCCGCUGAUUUCUUAUCUCGGAUUGUCCACAGUGACGAUUCAAGAUUUGUUCAAAUAAAAAAUAAAAUAGAUAUAUGGAGCAAAACUGUGGACAAGGCAUAUGCAAUAAAUCAAGUUUCUAAUGAUAUUAUGAAAGUAUAUGUAACAUUGUUGUUGUUAUUACUACUACCAUAUUUUGUGUAUAUGGGAAUCUUCGGCAAUACGAAAAAUAAGACAGUCUUGGCCUUAUCAUCUAUAUUGGGUUAUUUCAUGCUUUUAAUUACCUUUUAUUUGAGUAAUGGAAUUUUAAAUAUAGGAUUUGUUUGUUCCUUGCCAUUAGUAUUUGGAUUUUUUAUUUUUAAUUUGGCUAGUUCAGAUUGCACAAUAAAAUCGCUGUACAAAUAUACUAGAUAUAUAUUCUGUUUUAUUUUUGCUAAGCUUCUUUAUGAUGUUGUAACAAAUUUAAAACUGGAUGAUCUCAAUUCAUUCGAUUAUGGAAUUAGCGGAUAUAUUUACAUGAACUUGUUGAAGGGGAAUUAUUAUUUUAUUUUAAAAAUUUUUCAUUUGAUUGUACUAAGUGUUAUAACAUUAGUUAUUAUAAAAUUGUUUCCUAAUGUUUUUUCAAGUAGUUCCUUACAAAGUCCUUUAUCAAUAAUUGCUGAUAAAUAUAUGGUCUCCUUUUUAUGUGCCCUACCUGUUUCUGCUUUUAUAACUCAAUUAUAUUUUUUAAUAUGUAAAACUAUAAACCCCAUAGACCCGACCCUAUUUUUCAUGAUACCUAGUUCACUGAAUUUUUUGUCUAUAAGCACAAUUUUUUCCCUCAUUACUUGGAUAAUAACAACAUGCGUGUUAACAAUUUUGAGGAAUCGUGUUGAAUCAGAUUACAAUCAUAUAUUGAAUAAGCUAUCUAGUAGACUAGGUGAAUUUUUAUAA